AUGGCAAGUUAUGAUGCAGUUGUUAAAAAGUUUGAAGUAGCAAUCAGUGAAUUAGAGAUCAAGACACCUUUUGAUGAAUCAUUCACUAGACCUACUAGAAUUCAUGUAGCUAAAAUAUCAAAGACUCUUUCUCACGAGGUUACUAAACUCGCAUUAUUAUUACAAGAAUUAAGAGCCAACCCAGAGUUCUUUGAAAAUAUAGAGGAAUGUGUUGAUGUUUUAUCGUCAAUGUUUAAGGGAUUCACAGCCUAUGCUUGUGACUCGUUGUACAGAUUAGGAAAGAGUCACUUUUUAAGAGUAUACAAAUCGAUAUUGGAUAUGAUCCUAGACUACAAGGAGAAUGAAGAACGUUUGGGUGACGAAGAAGAGAAUAUAGUGUCAAAGGAUAGAAUCGGUACUGCUUGGAAAUCAUGUGAAAUGUUUGAAAAGCUACCUCUAAGCAAUUAUCAUGCCAUCGUCGAACGUGGAUUGGAAAUCUUUGCCACCGUCAACGAUGCAUUUGAAGAAGUUGAUGAUAUAUACGAUGCAAUUGAAAAUUAUAAACUUCGUUGUCAAGAAGCUAAAGAUAAACAACAAAAUGAUGAAAAUGAUGAUGAAGAUGAAGAUGAAAAAGAAAAGAAACAAAAGAUACAAGAAAAGAAACAAGAAGAUGAAGAAGAAGAAGAUGAAGAAGAAGAAGAAGAUGAUGAUGAAAAUGUUAUAUUGGAUGAUGAAGAUGAUGAUGAUUUUGUAAUUGAUCAAGAAGAUGGACAAGAUGAAGCACAAAUGAUGAAUGAAAAGGAAAUGAAUAAUGUCGAUGAUUUACAUACGGUCAUUGAUUUUAUCAUCGAGAUGUUUUAUGCAGUUGACAUGCACGUCAAAAAUAUCAUUGGAGGCAAGGAUCAAGACGAUGUAUCAUACGAAUCAACCGAGAUUAUUGGUCAUAUGGACAGUGUCAUUCAAUCAUUUAGCCAACUUUCAAGCAUUAUAGAUGAUGUGGCCAGUGGCAUUUACCCACCUCAAAACGAAGAGUUUGUAGUUGGACAAAUUGCAUUCCUCGACUCGGAAUCUAGAAAACUCAAACAAGUACUCGAAAAGAUGGGUGUUCAAAGACCACCAACCAAUCAUCAAGAAAUCAUUUCUCAAUUAGAAGUUGUUAAAUUAUCUUAA